UCUCUGGUGUCCCUGCUCAUUUUUUUUUUUUUGCUCUUCAGCCUUGGCUAAAAAAAGGAACUAGCAGCUCAUGUGUUACUGGUGAUCGAUACCCGGAGCCUUUCCUGGUGCAGAUUAAUCUCAAUUCCAAUGGUCAUGGUCAAAGAAAAAGUGGCUCAUGCGCAGGACACACACCACCACUCCGCAGAGAAGCCCCUGAUUCAGUGCUACAAGUGUGGCGAGCCAUGUAAGGGGGAAGUGCUGCGGGUGCAGAACAAGCACUUCCACCUCAAGUGCUUCACCUGUAAAGUGUGCGGCUGUGACCUGGCCCAGGGGGGCUUCUUCAUGAAGAAUGGAGAUUAUCUGUGCACGCUGGACUACCAACGCAUGCAUGGCACCCGCUGCAAUGGCUGUGGGGACUUUGUGGAGGGGGAAGUGGUCACUGCACUGGGCAAGACCUACCACCCUGCCUGCUUCGUCUGCACCAUCUGCAAACGACCGUUCCCUGCAGGGGACAGGGUGACCUUCAACGGGAAGGACUGCCUGUGUCAGUACUGUGUCGAGCCCAUGUCUCCGGGACCAAAGGACAUCCUGGGCUCCAGCAAUUGUGCAGGAUGUGGUCGAGACAUUAAGAACGGACAGGCUCUCCUAGCGUUGGACAAACAGUGGCAUCUGGGCUGCUUCAAGUGUAAGGCCUGUAGCAAAGUGCUGACUGGAGAGUACAUCAGCAAGGACGGCGCCCCCUACUGUGAGAAGGACUACCAGAUCCAUUUUGGAGUUCAGUGUGAGGCGUGUCAUCAGUUCAUCACAGGGAAGGUGCUAGAGGCAGGAGAUAAGCACUACCACCCUAGCUGUGCGAGAUGCAGCAGGUGCAAUCAGAUGUUCACAGAAGGAGAAGAGAUGUAUCUGCAAGGAUCAACGGUGUGGCAUCCCGGCUGCAAGAACACCACCAGAACAGAGGAGAGACACAGGGAGCGGCCUACGAGGUCGUCGUCUGAGAGUAUUUGUUCCAGACCUGGUUCAAGCAUACCUGGCUCACCGGGUCACACGAUCUAUGCAAAAGUAGACAAUGAGAUCCUUGAUUACAGAGACCUAGCUGCCAUUCCAAAAGUCAAAGCCAUUUAUGACAUUGAACGCCCUGAUCUUAUUACCUAUGAACCUUUGUACACCACCUCCCUGGAUGAGAGAGAGGAGAGAGGAGAGAGUGUGGGAGAGCUCCACACUGCCAGAAGGGAGCGUUCCCCCUUGCCCGAGGACAAGUGCUCAAGAAACAUGUCGCCUACCCCAUCUGGUGAGGGCUCUUACGACAGGAGGGAACGCAUCCUCCAAAGGUCCACCAGUCAGGGCUCCAUAGGAUCCCCAGUUUAUAAUCGCCAUGGUUACACCCCCACCUUGUCACGGUCACCACAGCAUUUUCACAGACCAGAGGCUCUGACAGGCAUGCAGAAGCUCUGCUCCUCCUUGUGCAGUAACAGUGUGGGCUCCAGAAAUAGUGACUCCCGCCCCACCUCCCCUUUCAGACACCACUUCCUCCCCCAUAGCCAAGGCACUGACCCGCCAAGUGGCCGGAGCUCCCCCCUCCCGCUCAGGCCCGACAGCCGGCCGGUCACCCCGCCUAUCUCUCUGACCCCUAAACAUUUCCACCUCCCAGAUCAGGGGAGCAACAUCUACAGAAAACCACCCAUCUAUAAACAACACGAUACAGAUGCCAUAGCACGUCAAAGCAAGUCUGCUGAUGAGAUCAUCAGAUCCGCCACCUUCCCCGCUGCCCAUGCUCCCUCUCCGGACGACAGCUCACGGAGUGAGGGCGACCAUUGGCCCUGCUCUCUCGCUGUAUUAGGUUCAGAAGGGAGGAGAAGAUCCAGGGAAGAGGAAGAGGAAGAGACCCUGAAAAAAAAGCAGCUUCACGAGGAACAUCUCAGCAAGAUUCAGUCUGGUUUGGGAAAGCUCAUCCUGAAGGAGGAGAAGGAGAAAGAGCAGAUCAGGGAGCGUCACGCACGUAGCCUCUCUGCCCAGCGCUACGACCCCAAACAGACCAGCUGUGAUGCAGAUCCGACUUCUCCUACCAAAACGAACUCUCUGCCUGGCUACGGAAGGAAUGGGCUGCAUCGGCCCCAGUCAACAGACUUCACCCAGUACAACAGCUAUGGCGACAUGUAUGGAGGAGGCAGAGAGUUUCAGCACAUUAAGGAUGGCCGUGCAGCACUUGCAAGGAUGGACAGGGGAGUAUCUAUGCCUAAUAUGUUGGAACCAAAAGUGUAUCCCUAUGAAAUGCUCAUGAUAACCAGUAGAGGGAGAGCUAAACUGCCCAGGGAUGUGGACAGAACCAGACUGGAGCGCCACUUAGCACCUGAAUUGUUCUUUGACAUCUUUGGAAUGGAGAUCCAGGAGUUUGACAGGCUUCCCCUGUGGAAACGCAACGACAUGAAAAAGAAGGCCAAGCUCUUCUAGCACUCAGAGCAGCAUGCACAUACUGUACAUUCAUUCAGAUAGCACACGACAAAUGUAAUCUAGAUGUAGGUUUUUUGGUUUAUUUCCUUUUUCUUCGCUUUUUUUGUUUUAUCCUGGCAUAAUCAUGGAAGCCAUGAAAUGGACUAUUUUUUUUUUGCUCUGAUGCUUCCUGAGACUGUGAGCUGAAUGAUUUGUCCUGAUAGACUUGCACAGAAAAAACAAGGAAUGGGAAUCUCUUCCAUGUUCAAAAAUGACAAAUAAUGAGAAUUAAUGAUAAAUAGGGUCUUGUUCUUUGUUUUGACGGCGCUUGUUUUACUUCUUGCUUUGCUUUGAGUGGAACUGCUUUCCUUUCUUUCUUGCUUGUUUCUUCCUACUAUUUGUUGCUGUUGAUUCCUGUGGAACUUUGUAAGUACAGUAGAACCUCAUGGCGCCAUUACGAAAUGUCCUUGCUCGUAGCUUGAACAUGUGUCAUCUUUCCUUCGCUUGGGCUGAAACGGUUUUAGUCCGAAGUUUGCAAGAAUCGGCUCAGUGAGUCUUUGAAUACAUUUUUUUUUUUUUUUUUUAAAAGCCGCUGGGAAAGCAGUCAGCAGACCCACCAACUGUUUAACCGGAUCUACAUGGAAAUGAAUCAUCCGAGCACCUACACAUCGCCAGUCUCCUUCCCUUGGCUACUGUACACGCCAAACAUUCAUCUGACCCUCACAAAAAGAAUAUGUCUCUCUUCUCAGGCUCUCAUAAACAUGGCCAGACACUUUCCCUUUACAUGUAUUGGAAGUACAAAUAUAUUUUAAUGCCGUAUCCAACAUACAGUAGCCAACAAAUAGAUAAAAAAUACCUAAUGUAAGAAGCAACUGUAUUUGAAAUUACUGUUUUAUAAAUGAAAACCCACACUGCCAUUUGUUGUAUUGAAAUCUAAGCCAAUAAAGCUUUAAAUCACCAUGAACCAUAUGAUCCUCAGCUAUACCAAAGGUACCCAGCGCCUCUUUUCUGUUCUCUGUUUUCUUCCUGGAUUUCACCAAUAAACACACAGCGUCUGUGAUG